CGAGCGACGUCUCCGAAUGCUUCCGGCGCCGGGGGAUGACGUCAACCGUACGGCGGGUCGGAAGGACCGAUCUUGGGAAGGGCGUUCUGGCGGCUGCGGAGCCUGGAAGUGAGGUCCCUGAGGAGGGCGAUGACUGAAUACAAGCUGGUGGUGGUAGGAGCUGGUGGUGUUGGGAAAAGUGCCCUAACCAUCCAGCUCAUCCAGAAUCACUUUGUUGAUGAAUAUGAUCCCACUAUAGAGGACUCUUACCGUAAACAGGUAGUUAUUGAUGGAGAGACCUGUUUGUUAGAUAUCCUGGACACAGCAGGGCAAGAAGAGUAUAGCGCUAUGAGAGAUCAGUACAUGAGAACUGGGGAAGGCUUUCUAUGUGUGUUCGCCAUCAACAACAGCAAAUCAUUUGCAGAUAUCAAUCUUUACAGAGAGCAGAUUAAAAGAGUGAAAGAUUCUGAAGACGUACCAAUGGUGUUAGUGGGAAACAAAUGCGACUUGCCAACACGGACAGUAGAUACCAAACAAGCUCAUGAAGUAGCCAAGAGCUAUGGGAUUCCCUUCAUUGAGACAUCUGCCAAAACGAGACAGGGUGUUGAAGAUGCCUUUUACACACUGGUGAGGGAGAUCCGCCAAUAUCGGAUGAAAAGACUCAACAGCAGUGAAGAUGGGAAUCAAGGCUGCAUGGGACUCUCGUGCCUUGUGAUGUGAUCAGCUGUCAAAAACAUCUGGCCAAAGUGCAGCUAGAGGGUGAAUCUUAAGUCCACUGUUGCAUUUCACCAGUACCCUGGUGCCAGUUCUAAUUCUUUUCUGUCGGCACCUGAAGAAAAUGUCUCUGAACAUCUACCUCUUUGCUCAGCUGAGCAAGCAAAGAAAGUCUCCUCUGUUGGUGGUGGGAUUUCCCCGCCCCCACCCUCUCUUUCUCGGAAAGGUUCAAACGGAGGAACUGGUAUGUGAAACUGUAGAGGCCGAAUACUUUGAAAGGACCAUAUACCUGUUUCUGGAAGGAAAGCUGGAGAAAAUUGUGAUCACACUGUACUGAAAAGCCUGACACUCUCCACCAUUUUUGGACAGGGAAAUGCUAGCAGCAUGCCCCUGCACUAUAUAUCUAAAAUAUUUCUAUAGCACACCAACUUAUUGCACUUAUUUUGACCUCUAGCCCUUGGCUUUCUUUCUAGUAAGAGAUCUUGAAUAACCAAGUGCCUAUUUGCAAAGGCAGGACAGGCCUUAAACUUACCCUGCAAAGUUCCUAGCUGUCCCAUCUUGAGCACCUGAACCUGCCUCAGACUCUUGGUCUGCCUGCUCUUGACCUGCAGUGGGUUUCCAGUGUCCUCCUUCCCUGCUCUGUUCACUGAUCCUUCUUAAUAGGACUUUCAGGGGGUUGAAUGUGGAACCUUCUACAUGCAGAGCAUGUGUUCUGCCAUUGAGCUAUAUCACCUCCCCAGUAAUGCACAAGGACGUCUCUGCACUGUUGACUGAAAUACACAUUGAUCUUUAAGACCUGUGGGGAACUCCAGCAGUCAUUCGCCAUCCUCCAGUGUUAAAUACAUUUCAUUUAACUCUACUUGACAAUGCUGGAAGGCAUUGGUGCCUCUCACCAGGCCCCGUUAACAGCCGUGGAUAUUAAAACUAACAUUUACUCCAAUGCCGGUCUAUGCACUUCUCUCUCUUUUUUUAAAUUCGUUCAACACCUUUGUCAGGCACAGACUCUUUAUUUUUGAUCUGUGAAAAAUGAACCAGGGGGAAACACACUUCAUCAAGAUUAUAUACUUUGAAAGCUCUUUCUGGGUGACUGCUGUGCAGUUAAGCUACAGGUAAAGAGCUAGGGGAACAAAAGGGGAACACAAGGGGAUUUAGCCACACAGUUUGAUGCUGCUUGGAUAAAGAAGUAAAUUGCUGUUGUGCAUUCAGCCUUACGAACUUUGGAACUGGAUUUUUCAUGAGCCUAUGUGCCCCAUAAUUCUCUGUUCAAAUGAAUAUUUACUGGGAAAGAGCUGAUUGACUAGAUAACCACUAUUUAUUUGAAAGCCAUAAUAUUUGAUCCUGGUUCUCAUGUCUUGUUCCUGUUUUGCAACUGAAUGUGUGAACUGCCUUGAUUCCGAAGUGUUCUUGCUUGAUAUGAUGGAAAUUCGUACAAAAGUGCUGUCUGUGGUAGUUGUUUGAUACAUACAUGUCGUUGCUAGAUGUUGUGGUUAAUGCAUUUAUAAAUUCUUCCUAAGCGGGGGCCAGACUGCAGUAGAAAUGGAGUACAGGACCGUAAGUCCUUUAUUGGUGGUUUUAUUACGUUGCCAUUUUACUGUACAAGCUCCAAGUUGGAGAAAUCACUGUGCAAUCACAAAUAGCGAGAUGGUGGACACCUAUUUCCUAAAAUAGCUUUUCUCUUGCCUAAUAUGAUGAUGAUGAUGUAUCGUUUCAGAGAUGUGCAGUAUUCUGAGAGGGUGUUAAUACGUCUUGCAUCUAGGUAAACUGUUAAUCAGGUCUAGGCCUUAAGACAUCACAGAACUCCUUUUCUUAAGGGGCUGGUAUCACUUAAGCAAUAAAGUGGUACAUUGUUUAAGUCCAUUUCCUUUGUUUUUAUGGCCAGAGUUCCUAUGCCCCUUUCUAUUUGCAUGGCAUGUAUAACUGUAACAGGUACAUUGAUGGAGGGAGCAUUAUUUGUUGAUUUUCUGCUCAUCUUGUAGCUGUUCAGGAUGUUGAACAUAGGAGUACUGCCAGAUAAAAGUGGCAGUCCUUGUACCACUUUAGGAAGUCUCCCUCCACUUGCAUUUACCAUGUAAAGGUUGUGUCUGCAGAAGCCUGAAGAUUAAGUGUCAUGUCUGGCUGAGCUUUCUGUAUAUUAGCCAGCGAAAAAGCAGCAGUGAAGAAGAUAUUGGCCAGUUUCACACCCAUUGUUAAUCUGAGUCCAGUUGCUGCAGAUGAUAUUCCUUCACUAGACUAACUUUGCAUUCUCUAGAGAUAAAGCAUUCUUCCACCUUCAGAAUAAUAAUUAUUGUUAUUAUUAUUAUUAUUUGCCUUGAUGAACACCUAAUUGAUUAACUGAAACUAGUGGUCGGUAUUUUUAAAAGUAUUUGCGGUAUUGUUUUUAAAAAUACUACUUGAAUUCUUCUGGCUCAGGGGCAGGGGUGGUACCCUGCAGAUGUUCCAUCUUCCCAUCUUCCCUGACUAGUGGGCUGACAAUUGGGAUCCAGCAGCAUCUGGAGGCACACCACUGCCUGCCUCUGCUCUGUGCCUUUGUAAGUGGCCAGUUUUGCCGCAUGUGACUGAAUUAAUGGUUAGAGAAAGCACAGAUAUGGAGUUGAAAAGGGAAGAAAGUGCCUAUUUGCUGCCUGAUGAAUUUGAGUUCUGGGGUGUUUAAAUAUAAUUUUAAAAUGCUCACAAUGGUGCUUGCCUCUUCAGAUUCUCCAGCAUAAUAUAGGAUGGUCAUAAGCUACGAGAAAUAAUAGUAAUAGUAACAUGAGCAAAUGGCAAAGUGUGCAUUAAUAAGAUCUCUACUGAUUUUACAGCUAAUUGAAGAAAAGCUCCCUUGUAUGUUCUCGAGUUAUGGGAGUUACACUCUGCCAAUUUCCUUCCAUUUGGAUAGUAGAAAAGGUGUCUUGUCUUAAUUGGUCUCUAACAUACCGGUAACUGAUUCUGCCACUGUGUUGCUCUUGCUGACAGGCAAUCUCAUUUCCUACAGCCGAAUACCACAAUUAAUAUGGGGCAGUAGAUUCUGUGUGGAUAGGAAGCAAGGCAUGCUUCAGCUGUGAUUGCACAACACUGGAUGGGCUCUCUUUUUAAUGAAGUAUCAGAACCCAGCAUUUAAACAUGGCAUGUCACCAAAGGACUAAUGUCAACUCUAUUACUAUGUAAUCCAUUUCUCACUCAUUUUGUGUUUUAAUCAAAUAAUGUUUGUAAAAAAAUUCUAAAAUACAUCAAUAUUAUUCCUUGG